AUCUCGCUGUCCUCUGACCCCCCAAUGCGCAAGUCAGUGGCGUCACAUCCGGGCCCCGUGACUUCCCUGGGUUCACGGCAAGGGUGGAACCGGAUUCUGCCUGGAUGGGGAUCUGGAUGGGGGUGGGGGGUUGAUUUGGGAAGCAGAGCACAGCAGCCCAAAUUUGCUUGUAAUGUCGGCGGCUACAGAGGAAAGGCCAAGAAUGGACAGAUUAAUAAAGGGCCAUCUACAAGCCACGAAUAAGGCCAUCACCAGAAGCCAACCCCGCCAGUCCUUGAUCUAGGACUUCCAGACUUCAAAACUGUGAAAAAAAUAAAAUAAAUUUCUGUUGUUUUAGCUACUCAGUCAAUGGCAUUUUGUUAUGGCAGCCUGAGCUGACUUAAGACAUAACUUCAGGUGACACAAUUUUUUUUUUUGUUUCCUCCUAGAAAAAAAAAAAAAGUAAUUUUGACACUUAAAGUCUGUAGUUCAUUUUGAGUUACAUUUCUGUACGGUGCAAGAUAUUUGCAGUGGCUAGUAUUAUGUGUCAACUUGUCUAGGCUAUACUGCUCAGCUGUGUGGUCAAACAGUAGUCUAGAUGUUGCUGUGAAGGUAUUUUGUAGAUGUGAUCAACAUUUACCAUCAGUUGACUUUAAGUAAAGCAGUUUAACUUCCAUAAUGUGGAUAGGCCUCAUCCAAUUAGUUGAAGGUGUUAAGAGAAAAGACCAAGGUUUCUUGGAAAAGGAAUUCUCCCACAAGACUAACAUAAUAAUGUCGUGUGAGUUUCUAGCCUGCUGGCCUGCCUUCACUGUCCUGGGGGACGCUCGGGGAGACCAGGUGGACUGGAGUAGACUGUUGAGAGACACUGGUCUGGUGAAGAUGUCCAGGAAACCACGAGCCUCCAGCCCAUUGUCCAACAACCACCCACCAACACCAAAGAGGCGAGGAAGUGGAAGGCAUCCUCUCAACCCUGGCCCAGAAGCCCUAUCAAAGUUCCCAAGACAACCCGGAAGGGAAAAGGGACCCAUCAAGGAAGUUCCAGGAACAAAAGCCUCUCCCUAAAAGACCACCGCUUCAAAAAAACCUGAGGAAUGGAGUGGGCCAACACUAUCCAGCCACUCUGACCAGCCGAACGAGGAACUCAAUCAAAAUGAGCCAUAGCGGGACCACAAGGGCAAGGAGACCACCACCUUCUACAGUCUCUCUUCGGGCAGCCAGUAAUUCCCGGGCAAGGCCAGAGACUUCAAGUCUAUCUGAAAAGUCUCCAGAGGUCUAACCCCAGAUAAAUAGCCAACAGGGUGUAAAGUACAUUUUACACCCCAAAGGGUGUGCCCCAUGGUGAUGAAAAUAAAGUGAACAUGUUGCAAAAUGA